CAUACCGGAAGAGUUCAUGGUAGGAGCAAGACUUUGCAAGAAUAUGCUUAAUCUGUGGUUUCUACUCUCUCCAUGCUUUAGGAGUGCUAUAAAAGCUCAUCUUUAAUGUAACCUCUGCAGGUGGGUUGGUAUUACACCUCUUUUCCUGCUCUACAGAAAAGUAUGAAAGGAAACCUUGAUGUUUUUUUUUUUUGGUAAGGUGAGUCAAGUGCAGAGCGAAAGCAGUUCAUUACACAUCCUGUAUGCAUUCUGGUCUUCUAUAAGGUAAUGUUCCGUGCUUAAAUUUUUUCAUCGCAUAUGGUUCGGCAUGAUAAUUUGUUCUUUAAAUCUGCAUCUAUAGGAAGAAGGAUGCUAAAAGGGAUUUCUGUGUAUUAAUGUGUAUACUAAAUAAAGAUAAAUCAGAGGGGCACUGCAAAGAAAACUGAAUGACAUAUCGCAUAGGAGUUGUUUUAAUGUUUUGCAGCACAAGUAACCUUUUCGAUUACUCAUUAUUUUUAUCUAUUACCACAAGUAACUGUUUUGAAUUAAUGAUAGAAAAAUGUGAUGUUUCAUAAUCAUAAUCAUUUUGAAAAUUCUGGAACCAUUAUGUGGAGUCACUUCUAAAGGAAAGGCAAUAAAUUCUAAGGAAAACAGAGGGAAGAUUUUACUCUUGGUCUUACACACUAAGCAUGACUCAGAAUAGGGACUUAUGACCUAAACAAAUAUUACUGGAAUGCUUCUAUCUGGCUUCAGUUUCUUAGUUUUUUUUUUUUUUUUUUUACCCUUCAGAAAAUUAUUGUAAAUGAAAUGUAAUAUUUUCUAUUAGUAUUUCCCAUCACGAGUUGAGGACAAAACAUACAUAAACAGUUAUGACUAUUUUUCUUAUUUAAGCUUUACAUUUCCUUGCUCUACUGAAGGAAAUUAAGCUCAUUUUAGAAAAAAUGAAAUUAUUUAAUUCUAUUAUUAUUAUUUUAUUGUAUUAUCUAUUAUUUAACUUGUUUUAUACAGCUCUAUAAAUAAUCUCAGUCUAUAAAUAAUCUCAGUGUAAAUUUCUGUGAUUGCUAUCAUUAUGAGAAGCAAUGAUUAACCAUGUGUUAGUUGGUGGGUUACUGGGUUAGUCUGGUAACACAAAUGGGGUAUCUAUAUCUAUAAAUAUAGAUAUAGAUACAUAUAUGUUCCAUCUCUAUGAGUCUACAUGCAAAUAUUAGCUUUAUGUAUAAGUUCUGUCACAUUGGGAAGCUUAAAAAAGUCCCUUAAUAUUGAAUCUUUUACGGGGAAAUUCAUAGUCUCUCUCACCCUAUCACGUGUUCUCUUUCCUGUUUAUGCAGCCACAAACCUAUUAAGCUGUGCAGGUGGCUGCUCACUCAAACUCACUCUUCUGUCACAAUGAGGAGCUAUCUACACAUUGUCACAUUUCUCGUCCUGAAUUUCACAGCAGACUGUGAAGCUCGAGGCCAUGUGGUUUACAAGUCAGUGGGAGUCACAGCUCAUCUCACAUUGAAAGAAAACUGGAAUAUAACAUCAGUUAAAUGGAGAAAGGAUCUCAGACUGAUUGCAACCGUAGAAAACAAAAAGCCAGAUACAAAAGAUCAAAAAAAAUUUCAUUUACACACUUCUGACAACUCCUUGUUUAUCCAUAAUUUGACGGUGAAUGACUCCGGAGAUUAUGUAGCUCAAACUGGACAAUGGGAAGAAGAAGUCAUAAAAUACAAUCUAAUUGUACAGGAGGCUGUCUCAAAACCAAUAAUGGACACUGUUAUUGAUCAUCAGUUAAACUCCUCAUCUGAUUGUCACAUCUUGGUAAAAUGUUCUGCUGAUGGUGAGUCAGUGACGUAUGACUGUAAUCACCAGCACUGCACUCUGACAAAUGCUACAUCGAUCAGGGUGAACAUUACUAUUAAUUAUACAGAUACUAAUGGGAUGUUGAAAUGCACAGCCAGCAAUCGUGUGAGCACAAAACAGACAUCAAUACCCAUAAAUAACACAUGUUCAGAAAAACAACCAGUACCCACUACAACAAUCAGUUACAUUUUGGUCUUAAUAAUCAUAAUAAGUUGCACAGUGGUGUUUGGUGUCCUGAUGACCUGCAUUCUCAAACUUUUUUACAAUUUCAAAAAGAAACAACAGAAAGGCGGUACUUAUCAAGAUGAUAAGGGUGUAAACACUGUCUACAGUGUGGUUCGCAAGCCUCCAAGAACUGAGACUUCAGCAGACACCAGCACUGCACAAAAUGCAGCAACAACAGUUUACGAUGUUCCUUCGAAAUGUGCCAAGCCACUCCAAAGUAACAAUAAUGACAAUGUGGAAAAGGAUGACACGCAUACAGUUUACUGGAAGCUGGGGCAGACACAGGACCCAUGAUUCAAUCCGGUCUUGGAAGUCAAUACUUAGCUAAAUAAGAUGCCAUAUUGUACAUACAUAAAAAGCAUUAUGUAGCUAAAAAUUGUUAUAUGUUAUUUAUAUUUUUAUAUGUUGUGCUUUUAUCUUUUUCUACAUUAAAUUAUAGUUGUAUA